UUUCUCUUCAGUCGAUCGUGUGUAGUUUUUUGAUUCAAGUGAAAAAUCAAGGACAAGUCAAAAUGUUCAAAAUUCUUGCAUUAUUUUUGUUAGCCUUCUCAUCAGCCAAUGCAUUCUGGUCAGCAUGUACUGAUCGUGCUGGAGCAAUUGCACCCAACAGAAUUGAAUCUGCUUCAUGCAGUGGAAGCUUGUGCAAUGUCGUUCGUGGAGAAACAUUAGUUGCUGAUGCAUUUGCCACUUUCGUUAAUGUUCAUAAUGAAUUGACUGUUCGAGUAACUGCUUAUAUACUUGGAAUUGGUGUCAAUCUUCCUCAGGAUCCACCACAUGACAGUGCCUGUAACAGCAUUUUCAUUAAUGGAGUUAUGACUGGAUGCCCAACAACACCAAAUGUUGAAUCAAUCUGGAGAAUUAUUAUGCUUAUUCCAACAACAUAUCCAGCUUUCCAAAAUACACGCGUUCGAUCCUUUUCAUCAGCAAAUGCAUUCUGGUCAGCAUGUACUGAUCGUCCUGAAGCAAUUGCACCCAAUAGAGUUGAAUCUGCUUCAUGCAGUGGAAGUUUGUGCACUGUCCGUCGUGGAGAAGAACUAAAUGCUGAUGCAUUUAUCACAUUCGCAUCUGCUCACAAUGUUUUAACUGUUCGAGUAACUGCUUACAUUUUUGGAAUUGGUGUCAAUCUUCCUCAAGAACCAGGAGCUGAUGAUGCAUGCGACAACCUUUACAUUGACGGAGUUAAAGUUCAAUGCCCAACUACUCCAAAUGUUGAGUCCUUAUGGAAACUUGUAUUGCUUAUUCCAACAACAUAUCCUGCAUUCCAAAAUACACGCGUACGAUUCGAACUGCUUGAAAACAACAAUGUUGUCGCCUGUGCUAAUAUCCAAGCUACAUUGACAUAAAUUCACAGAAAUCUUAUGUUUAAUCAAUCCUUAAUAAAUGAAUUAAUAAAGCAUAUGAGAAAUUGAUUCACAGUUUACA